CACGAAUAAUAACUCCAGGCCGCGGGACCCGCCCGGGAUUCGGUGCGCCUGCGAGCCGACGAAGGUGCCAACGCCUGCCGAACCGAAGCGCGUACACGAGCCCACCGCCCCCUAUAUAAAAUCCCCCAGCACACACAGGAGCCCAAACAUCCACGGAGCGCACGGAGGAGAACGCCAUCAUCCAUCCAGAUCGGCCUCUUCUUCUUCAGCUUCGCAGAAUCGCAGAUCUUCUCCUCUAGUUAGCUCCCUCAGAGCAAUGGGAGGAGGCAACGAUGGUCAUGGGUACCCACCCGGUGGCCAGGGGGGAUACCCUCCGGCAGGGUACCCGCCGCAGCAGGGAGGCUACCCGCCGCAGCAGGGAGGUUACCCCCCACAGCAAGGAUACCCGCCUGCACCUGGAGCUUACCCACCUGCACCUGGGGCAUACCCUCCAGCACCUGGGGCUUACCCUCCUGCACCUGGAGCGGGAGGCCCUGAUGGGGAGAAGGGGCUCCUCUCCAACAUCAUGCACGGCGUUGCUGGUGCUCAUGGUGGUGGUCAUGGGUACCCGUCUGGUGGUCAUGGGUACCCAUCUGGUGGCCAUGGAUACCCUCCACAACAAGGGUACCCUCCUCAGCAUGGCUACCCCCCGCAGCAGCAUGGCUACCCUCCACAGCAGCAUGGCUAUCCCCCUGCCGGCUACCCUGGCUCAUCCGGUCACAGUGGUAGCCAUGGAGGAGGAGGCAUGGGCAUGGGCGGCAUGCUGGCUGGAGGCGCAGCAGCUGCCGCCGCCGCCUACGGAGCACACAAGAUCUCUCACGGCAGCCACGGUGGAGGUGGACACAUGAUGGGAGGCAUGAUGGGCGGCCAUGGAGGCUACGGCGGCGGGUACGGCCACCACGGCGGCAAGUUCAAGCACGGGAAGCACGGGCACGGCAAGUUCAAGCAUGGGAAGCACGGCAUGUUCGGCGGCGGCGGCAAGUUCAAGAAGUGGAAGUAAUGCGCGCGCUAGCUAGUAGCUUCACCAUGGCUGAUGAAUCAAAAAAAAAUACCUAAACUCUUUGUGUAGGCUUCCAGAACUUGGUUUGGUCAGGGAAAGCCUUUGAGAUGUAUCUAAGCAGGGUGGUGUGUGGUCGCUGCUCGAUCUCGUGGAGCUUCCAUCCUUUCCUCUAUAUGAUUUGGCACUCUAGUCUGCGUCUGUGACAAGAUAUGACUUGCUAAUAAGUACCUGAAUUCUGUGUGGUGCUA